GCCUUGCUCUCAUCCUCCUGGGCAAUCAACGACUACUACUUAUCGAUUCUGCAUUGUUGUAAUUUGAUCACUUUUCUCUACCGCCACACGGAUGACCUUGUCCGAUCAUGUCUACCGAAAGACGGGGGAUGGUUGUCACUGGCGACCUACCUCUUGGAAUCGAUCACCUACCUUUCCGCGUAUAUUUCGCUGUCCUCGUGAAUGUUGCCGAGCGGUUCUCGUACUACGGCCUUACUAUUCCAUUCCAGAACUAUGUACAGAACUCUUACGGCUCUGUUGCGCAUGAGCGCCCAGGCGUGCUUGGUCUCGGCCAGACUGCUGCGACAGCCAUCAACAACGCGUUCUUCACUUUUCAAACGAUCGCGGCCCUCUGUGGCGCGGUGGGAGCAGACGGAUGGUUGGGUCGGUAUAAUCUAUUAGUCAUAUCAUCACUAGUGUAUUUGUUCGGUACGCUGCUUCUAGUUCUGGUCUCAAUCCCAGCGGCAAUCGAACACGGGGCUGCCCCAGCGGGCUUCACAGUUUCAUUAAUACUUAUUGCUGCUGGAUCGGGUGCAUUCCAAUCUACUGUCAGCGCCUUCAUUGGUGAUCAAUACGUCAGAGAGGGAAGAGGUCCCGUGACUAGAAAGAAUGGCAAGAUGUAUAUGCCUGACCGGGAUCUCACAUUACAAUUUAUCUACAAUCUGAACUAUUGGGGACUUAACAUUGGUGCCAUCUCAGGCAUUGCCUCAACUUUCCUGGAGUUGCACUAUGGAUUUUGGGCUGCAUUCUUGCUUCCGCUUUCUGGACUGUGGAUUGCUCCUGCGACCCUUAUUCUCGGUCGAAAACACUUUAUAUGUCAACGCCCGCAGGAGAAUGCGUUACUUGGAAAAGGAAAGGUCUUUUGGCGAAUAGUUGUCAAAAGCAUUAGGCGGAAGUCGAGAGACGCGAGCGAGGAGGAUUCGGAGCCGAGCUCACGACCUUUACAAGAUGAUGACAUAGGGGAUGUCAAGCAAACUCUUUACAUAUGCCGAGUCCUUGCCAUCUUCAUCCUCGUGUACGUUUGCGUGGGGCAGAGUAGCAACAAUUUUAUCGCUCAAGCUGGACAGAUGCAGACCAAUGGGUUGCCGAACGACUUGAUCUGGUAUUUCAAUCCCAUUCUUGUCGUAGUGCUUCUACCUUUUGUUCAGUGGCUACUUUCAAACAUGACCAAUCUUUUUCAUGUUCGCUUCGGGCCAAUGAUGCGAAUGAUAAUUGGCUGCUUUUUCUUCGCGCUAUCCAUGGCGUUUGCUGCCAUAGUCCAACAGCUCAUCUAUAAUGUCGGUCCCUGUUAUCGUUACCCAACAGAGUGCAGCAUUGCGGAGGGUGGUCCAAACAAUAUCAGCGUUUGGAUUCAAUUCCCAUCAUAUGUGCUCAUCGCUUUCGGUGAGAUAUUGGGGAUCACGACCGCAUACAAAUUUGCCUACGAUACGGCACCAGAAUCUAUGAAGUCCCUAGUUCAGGGUGUGCUUCUUGCAACACAAGGAAUUGGUGCUCUGAUUGAUUUGGCUAUCUCCCCGACUGCGCGCAACCCCAAGCUCGUUAUCAUGUAUGCUGUUAUUGCUGGGAUCAUGUUUGUUGCGACUAUAAUAUUUACGGCAAAAUUUUGGAAGGAUGACGGUGUCAUAACUCUAGAUAGCCCCGACUACGAAGCGGAGGAAGAGAAGUGACGAUAGUGAAUUAACUUGGAUUCUUUUAGCUAGAGGCAGAAUCUUCAGUUUUGAUGGACAUCAACUGUGGAAGCGAUAGUAGCCCUCGUGUUCGUUCGGUUAGCAACAAGACGCGCACUUUUCUGCCUGUAAAUUUGAGUGAUACUUAGUCUCCUCGUCUGUUUCAAGCAGAACCCAGCCUUCAUCUACUACGCUCUAAAUAUCAUGACACUGUUCUGAUGAUAUCACGGCCAUCGAAGCCGAAGGCACGGCAUACGUGAUUGGACCCAAAGACUCACCGCCUGUUACAGUAUUAUAUAGUUGAAUGUAGACA